AUGGAACGACUAUAUCCAUUUGCGUUCGCUGAACUCCUUCCAAAAAAUGUUCACACAUCGAUUAGAGAUAUUGCCCUCUUCUUCCGAGAUAUCUCUUCGAAGAUUUUGAAAGAGUCAGAUGUUGGCCUUUUAAAGGCAAAUAUCGGUGUGAAGCUUUGUAACUUGGAAAAGAUAUUUCGUCCAUCAUUCUUCGAUGUUAUGCAACAUCUUCUGGUGCACCUUCCAGAUGAGGUAGCCUUAGGUGGUCCCGUCCAUUUUAGAUGGAUGUAUGUAUUUGAAAGAUACAUUUACCAUUUGAAGAAGAUGGUCAAAAACAAAGCACACAUUGCAGGUUCGAUAGUUGCACAAUGGAUAAACGAGGAGAUUUCAAAUGCUUCCUCUACUUUUUUUGGACAUCCUGAAAUCAUGAGCAUUCCAGAAGGUCCGAGUGAUCUUCGUUUUUCAUACAAUUAUCCGGAUAUACCACCCUUGUUUUACCAUGAAGGGCAAAUCAAUGGUCAAUGCUCAACCGGUUGGUUGAAUGAUGAAGAUAACACCGUUCUUACGACAUUUAUGAUGCUCAACUGUGAAACAUUUGCUCCAUAUGAAAGGAUGUUUGAAGAAUAUAUGACUCUACGUGUUCCUGAUAUUACUCUGGCUGCAAUGCAAAAAGCGAAAGACACCAAAUUCGCUGAGUGGUGCAAAGACUAUAUUAAUGAUGCGACUCAGUUUUACACAUUUCCUAUGUGGAUGUUAGAGUACAAGGUCCUAGGCGUAGUUAUAGACUACUAUGGUCUCAUACAAGAGAUUAUGACGGUGGAGUAUCAUGGUGAUGUUGGCUUGAAAGUUAUGGUUUUUAAAUGCUCGUGGUUUGACACGACGGAAAAUCGCGGUAUGAGAAUACAUCCAUUUGGUCUUGUUGAUGUCUCACCACGAAGCCAAUAUGCAAAAUAUGAUCCUUUUGUAUUACCAGCAUGCUUUAUUCCUUAUCCACGGGUACGUCGACAAUCAGUCGAUGACUGGUGGGCUUGCGCCAAAAUGUUUCCCCGAGGAAUCCGAGAAACGUCCGAAAUUGCUUUAACGGCAUGGCAAGAUGAUAGACGUGAUCAGGUUGCUGAAAGUUCAUUGUUACAGGUGGAAACGCAUGGUGUUGAUGAUGUGUCCGAUUAUGAUAUUGCUCCGGUGAAUCCUCCAAACGAUGAGUAUGUAUCAGAUGGUGAUGUAGAAGCAGACCGUGAUUCAGACGAUGGUUCAGAAUAG